GCCCGGCAUUGUGUAUACAAGGAGAAAUGAUAAUGAGGUUCAAACUGGAGACAUUCUUCAUGAGUCAUCCGCUCAACCAGCCCUUGAUAUAGCUCUCUCACAACCUCCACAGCUCUUCCCCGCCAUCGGUUCCGAUGUUGACUCACCACAACUUCGAAGGUCUACUCGCACCUCACAUCUAUCAAAAAGGUAUCGAUAUUCUCUUAACCGAUAUGGUUCUCACACAUCUUUAGCU